AGACGGACGGGUUAAAGUGGUCGGGCAGAGGGACGUCGGGUGCAGCCAUCUGAUCUGAAUCCUGAGUAGAUUUUCCUGUUCAAAAGUGGAAAUGCCCAGCCUGGUAUGCCUUUGUUGAUAGCCGGCAAAUUGCGCUCUGUGAAGCAAAAAGUCGCGGGUUGUUGGCUAGUUCCCAAUAUAUGCAAGAACUCCAGCUAUUCAGUCAGUGAAUUUCUGGCUGCUGUGAAGGAAAUGGUGGGUGGGCUUCCCGUUGCUUCAUCACCAGGCAAAUUCAGGUACCACAGACUGGCCAUCCCAGUAUCUCGCAGGCUUUCCUUCUCCUUCUCUCUUUUCGCACGCUUCUGCAUAUAAGUAAGCGCAACAUGCAGUCACAACUGUCAGAACUAUCGAACGCGGUUGGGCACCAUCCAUAUGGGCGCCUCACUCAGGAUUUCCUAGGCAGAUUUCCUAAGUCACCACUCCUUAAGGAGGCGGAUGUGCCAUAUGUUGUGGCGCUGGGUAAGAAAGGAUGUGGGAAAAGCUCACUUCUGAGAGCACUGUCAGGCAUUCCGUUUCCUACUGGGCUAGAUGGUACCGUUAUUGCGACAGAAAUCGUUCUGCGACAAUCCGACUCACGGUCCAGACAUAUGACUAUGAUCUUUCUUACGUCGGAAGUUAGAUCAAAGGCACCUCCUGCCAUCAGGUUGGAACUCGAGGAGGAUUUCGAUAUCCCGAUGCUUAUUCAGAACGCUGAGACGCAAGCGCGAGAUCUCAGAGCAUGGGUCACAGGCGAACAUAUCCUGAGAAUCGAAAUGUGUGGCUUUGGCCUACCACACAUCGCAUUCGUUGAUCUCCCAGGAAAGACCGGUGAUUCGAUAAAGGACGCCAUUGUUGAUAAGCUGAUGCAGCGAUACGUGUCGAAUGAGGGCACAGUCGUACUCAAUGCCAUCCCUGGGAGUGACGUCCCCAUUGACGUCGAUGCCUCUGGACUUCCUCCCAAUCGUACGAUCAACGUUAUCGUCAAACCAGAGACAGUGGAUCCCCAAAUAUCCCUUGACUAUCUGAGAUCUCUCUUCGCAAAGCGGCGUACGUCUCAUGGCUCACUGAGUUGGCAUAUUGUGCCUUCCCCAAUUGCAUCGUCCACCGACAUAUCUUCCAUCGUUUGGACUCCGCCGUGGAACUGUCUGCAAAGAAUUGACAUGGGAUUUGAGUCAUUGAGGGUCAAACUUCUAGACCUGUGUGAAGCUCAGUUCCUAACCAGUUUCCCCAGACUUGCGAAAGAAAUUGAAGCAAAAGGGAAACAUUACGAUAAACAAGCUUAUGAAUGUGACGAAAGCAAAGCGCGACAACAUCUUACGGGUCUCUGUCGCCGCUUCGAAACGUUGGUGAAAACUUCAAUAAAUGGCGAAUACGAGGAUUCUUUCUUUGAGAUAGGGGACUUCAAUCUUCGACGGUUGAAACUCACUAUCGAUGAAACUAAGCACUAUCUCCGAUCUCGCCUGCAGAGGAGAGCUCAGGAAACAAGGCUGCUGGAUGAAAAUGCUCCCUCGUCCUCCAUUAGUGACUUCCUCGCAGCGUCGCAAGAAGGAGCAGAGCUUACACAACAAUUUGACCUUCUACUCCAGCAAGACUCCAGUCAGCGCUCGUCAGAUCUCGAAGGCAAGGGGCUAGUCGAGAAAUUCAUUUCUAUUCUAACCGCAGACUGGUCAUUCAUCAUCGAAGAGUGCAUGUAUAGAGCGACACAAGGUUGCUUAUUUCUCAUGCAGGAGAUUCUUCAGCACACUACGGUCCCACAGGUUUCAAAAAUUCUUGAUAGACGUGUUUUAACGCCGGCUUUCAGAUCGAGGGAGACAGCUGCUCUGGCUAAAGUGCGUGAGCUAGCUGCGUCGCGCUGUCAACCAGAGACUGUCGCAGUAACUCCAGAGUUACAGCGCGAGCUGGAGAAACUACAAAAAUGCCUGGACGGGGCCCAUGGACCCGAACACCGAGAAGCCGUCUACUCGAACAUUUUAUGUUGCUCGCGGCUUUACUUUGGACUCUGUCUCGAGGCCAUCAUUGAGAAAGUUGAAAAAGAAGUGAUCGAGAAGUGCUUACUAGAGGGACUACCCGAGCUUCUCCUGCAAACAGUGAACGACAUUAACAUUCCUCGAAGCUCUCUACGCCAAAUGCUCAGAAAGCACCGAGAAAAAUUGACCAGACUGUUCCGCCAGACAGAGUGCAAAGUUGCAUAUCUCCAGAGCAAAAGCGAUGGAUUCCGGACCUGUCCGUCUGAGGAAUCACGCGAGGCUGCUGGGCAGCGAGUACUUCUGGGAUACCGUCUUAAGGAUCCCCCUGUUUACAUCUCCGAUCAGUAUAUGGACUCACAGCUGAAGAGAGGACCGAAAUAAAGGCAUACUGAAAGUGCUUUGUGGUUAUCAAUUCCGAGUCUGGCUCGAGUGCAGAUGGUCUCUUGCAUGGAAAUCUUGUCCUUUUUCCCUUUUCAUUUCAUUUUUUCCAGAGUCUC